UGCAGCCUGUUGGCUCUGAUGCUCUUGUACUUUGCAUACCAUUUCCACUCGUUAUACUUUAUAUGGGAAGACGCUGGUGUAAGGUGUAGUUGCAACGAGUUGUCGAGUAACAGCCCCGCAGUUACAAGUAACUUUAAUCUCAGCUGGAGAUCCGAAGAACUUUCUCCGCGUGGUAUUAGAUUAGCAUAAGUCUUGUGCCUGGUGAUAGUGAUGUGAGGAGAUCCAUCCAGGAUGACUUUGCUGGCAGGUGACAGUUCGGACUAUGAUUACAGCGCCCUUAGCUGUGCUUCCGACUCCUCUUUUAAUCAAGCAGUCUACAAUGAAACACAAACUUUGAAAGGUGUUUUUUAUAAUAGAGCUCACCUCAUUUCUCCUCAAGAAGACUUGUUUGGCAGUGCACUCCCAGGGGAUCGCAAACAUCAUGUUGUAAUAAAUGUUGGGGGAAUAAAAUACUUAUUACCAUGGACCACACUGGAUGACUUUCCUUUAACACGCCUAGGACAACUUCGAUUUUGUCAUACCUUUGAUGAAAUAAUGAAAAUUUGUGAUGAUUAUGAUGUGACAUCCAAUGAAUAUUUCUUCGAUCGAAAUCCAGGUGCCUUUAAAACAAUACUGACUUUCUUAAGAGCUGGGAAGUUGAGACUUUUGAGGGAAAUGUGUGCCCUUUCCUUCCAAGAAGAGUUGCUAUAUUGGGGCAUCGAAGACGACAACCUGGAGUGGUGCUGCCGUCGCCGAUACCUGCAAAAAAUUGAGGAAUUUGCAGAAAUGAAUGCUAUUGAGGAAGAUCUAGUAGAAGGUGAAAAGUUGGUUGAUUUGGUAGAGUCAUCGAAAUGUAAUCAAUUCAUGACAAAGCUCAGGGACAUGGUGGAAAACCCCCAGUCAGGGCUUCCAGGAAAAAUCUUUGCCUGUCUCUCUGUUAUAUUUGUGACGAUUACUGUAGUUAAUCUAUCCAUCAGUACCAUGCCUGACCUCAGAGCAGAAGAGGAUAAAGGUAUAUGCUCCCAGAAGUGUUACAACAUUUUCAUCGUGGAGACUGUAUGUGUAGGUUGGUUUUCUCUAGAGUUUGUGUUACGUUUCAUUCAGGCCCGCAGCAAAUUUGUUUUCCUAAGGACUCCUCUGAAUAUCAUUGACAUUGUAGCUAUCUUACCCUAUUACAUUACGCUUCUGGUGGACACCACUUCGAUGGAGAAUGGAAAACCUGGAGGAGGAGGCAGUUACCUUGACAAGGUGGGGCUGGUUUUGCGAGUCCUCCGUGCCUUAAGAAUUUUGUACGUCAUGCGCCUUGCCAGGCACUCCUUGGGACUACAGACUCUGGGACUAACAGCUCGCAGAUGCACUCGUGAAUUUGGUCUGCUCCUUUUAUUCUUGUGUGUGGCCAUUGCGCUUUUUGCUCCAUUGCUGUACCUUAUUGAAAAUGAAAUGGCUCGCUCUCAGGAGUUCACAAGUAUACCGGCAUGUUACUGGUGGGCAGUAAUCACCAUGACAACUGUGGGCUAUGGAGACAUGGUGCCACGAAGUAUCCCAGGUCAAGUGGUGGCUCUAAGCAGCAUUUUAAGUGGCAUUCUUCUCAUGGCCUUCCCUGUAACCUCCAUAUUUCACACUUUCUCUCGCUCAUAUGUAGAGUUAAAGCAAGAACAGCAAAGAGAUCAAAGGAGAUUACACAUCAUGGUUAAAUCUAAACCACAAGUGAAUAACAUAUGAUGAUGAACUGAAAGUAUAUUUCUUAAGUCACUCUUGAGAUCCCAGAUAAGUUAUUGUUUAGAGUUGAGCAGCAGAUAUUAGAGACAAUCUUCAUUUCUAAAACAUUGCGUAAUUGUGUUUUUCAUAGAAAAAGCAGUUUGACAGAGAAGUAGCUUUCAGACUGUGAUUAUUUUUUUGAAAAUCUGGAUACUACAAAUAUUUAAAUGUGCAUUAUAACUAUACAUUAUUGUACCCAAUAGAGGCUAGUUGGAGUUAUCAGCAACAUAAUGUGGUAUAUGGUCAACUGAAAUCUUGAAUUUCAGUAAAUUUUGAGUGAAAGUGAUAGUUAUUUUUUUUACAGCACAAGACGUUACACUGAGCCAACUCAAGGUUUAUUAUGGUUAGCUAUACAGUCGAUAAUAAAAAAAAACUACUGGAAACACUCAGCAGGUCAGGCAGCAUCAGAUGAAAGAAAGAGUUUCAGGCGUGCAAGGAAAGAAAGAAAGUUAUAAUUUGCAGAGUUGGUAAGAGAGAUUGACAUGACAAAGACAAUAUCAAGGAGAGUUUGUCAUGAGAAUGAAUUGUUGAAGUCAUCUGAUCAAUUGGGUUAAUUUGGUCAUAUAGAGAAAUAAACAUAGAACAAAAGCUAUGAAAUGGGGGGGAUGGUAGGAUAUGAGAGCCCAGACAAAGGAUGUUCAAAGUGAAAUACUAAAUCUGUUUCUUGUUCUGUUGAUGCUGCUGUACUUCCUGAGCUUUUCCAGCACUUCAUUUCUCUUUCAGAGUUACAGCACUAGCAGUUUUUUUAAUAAUAGAGUAAGUGUAAUAUUCUUAAACAAGUCACAUGAAAUCCCAUCAAAAUAAACAAGCAACCAUCUACAACUAUCCUACAUAAAUAUGCUAUCUAUAAGAACUGUUUUCCAUUUGACCUCCCAUUAGAAGAUUUCUUUUAAACUUUAAAAAUCUUUAUCUUCCUAAGCACGUUUUCUGUCAUGUAACUGGUAAAAGUUAUUACAUAAUUAUUAUAUUUAAUUUAUUAUAUAAUAAAUUAAAAUGAAACUCAAAUAUUAACAGAAAAUGCCAGAAAUACUUGAGUUAAUAUUUUAGAUUGAUUACCCUUCAAUAAAACAAGAAAAGGUUAGAAAUGAAAUAUGUUUUAAUUUUUAGUGUAGAGGAGGGGUUGGGAGUAUUAAGUGAACCUCUGUGAUCAGUUUGAACAUAAGAAAUUGGUUGUGGUCCUGUUAGAGCUAUGAAGGCAAAGCUGAAUGGGGAGAGGUACAGCAAAAUGAAGUAAAAGAACUGAGGAGAGAGGAAGCAAAGACAGUGCUGGGAUUGUGAGAAACAAAAUACAGCAAUGACUGGAAAUCUGAAAUUUAAUAAAAAUGUUUGAAGUAUGCAGCAGGUUAGGAGAAAGAAGCCCCACUUUAUUAAUACAGGCUAACAGCUUUUUGUUCCGACACAAUUUGGAAAGGUUCAUUAUAUACAGUUCUGUGGAAAAGUCUUAGGUAUAUAUAUUAGCUAGGCUCUCUCAAACUUUUGUAUGGUAUUAUAUAGUGGUUAAAAUAAAGAGGAGGUUGGGAAACAAAUGAGAAUUCUUAACUUUGUAUUAGCUUAGCAGUAUUAAAUGUUAUUUGGUAAGUAGAGAGACAUAAUAUACAGUACUGUUCAAAAGUCUUUGGCAUUCUAGCUAUAUACAGUAUAUAUGUCUGAGUCUUUUGCAUAGUUCUGAAAAAGUCUUGAAUUCAGUGUUCAAUCAUGAGAGCUGUAAAUGUGCCUAGGCAGAGAAUCAGAUCUUAUUCCUUGAACCUGCACUGGGCUUUCAUGGACCGGCAUGAGAAAUCAAAGCCAGAGAACAGAGUGGCAAGUAGCUGGAAGCCUAGAGUCACCCUUGCAGACUAAAUACUGGUAUUCUGAGAAGUGGUCACUAAAUUUGUCAUUGUUCUCUCCAGUGUGAAGCAAAUGUGAUAUACUAAAUUGUAAGAAAUUCUAGUGACUCAUUCAUUUCCUGGGCGCAAUGUUUAAAUCACUGGUGGGUGACAGGGAAAGAGAUAAAAGAGCAGCUGUUGCAUCUCCUGUGGUUGCUUAGGAAGAUGCCAUCUUGAGAAGGGUGAUGGGUUUAGUGAAAAUGGAAGAAGGAACCAGGGAGUCACACUGAGAAUGGUUCCUUCAGAAUAAUGAAAGGGGAAGGGAGGGUAUCACAAUGAAGAUUCAGGAAAUUAUUCUUUGAAUUCUUUGAAUGUAUAGGCCAGGAAGCUUUUAGGUGCUCCUUGUUGUGAUUGGUUGGAGAUGGGUUAAAAGCAGAUAGCUGACAAACUAUAGUGCAAUAUUUUAAAUGGCAAACACCUUGCUUUUGGCCCUGGGAGCAUUUUUGAGAUACUUAUCUAAUUGUAAUGGACCCCUGGGAAUAUCUUCAGAUUGAGCCAUUUACUUUCUGUAAGCAUGAUUGUUUUUGCUGAACUGCAUUGAAAUAAAUAAAAGUAUGGCUGGAGAACUGUUCAUUGCAGAUUGUUGCCCUGAUUCAAAUGAGUACUGAGUUGACUCGUCCUCUAAAUGUUAGUGUUUUGUGGUACAUUUGAUAUUUACAGAAAGUCUGGAAGAGCCAAAGGCUCCAUUGAGAUUACAACAAAACCCAGUAUGGUAAAGAUCUCUGGAUGGAUUCCCCAGGGCACUAGUUCCACUCUUCAUAGGGAGUUGGUAUUAUUAAAAUCACUUGUGAAUUUGCACCUAAUGCUACUAAAUUCAACAGUGUGACAAUUAUUAGAAUCCAAAUUUGUUUCAAUAACAAAGUCCUGAUGAAUCCUCAUAACACUAUCGAGACUCUAAAUCAGUAGUUAUAUCUCAUUAAAUGACCUAUUCAAAAGUCUAUUAAUGUUGAUUGUUAAAAAAUUAUUUAUGUUUUGUUUCUUGGGAUGAUAAUGACAUUCAUGCUUUCCAACCUGAUUUUAAUGUCAAGCUCACUAUUGCAGUUGAAAGAUAAAAGUUUAAGGCAAAUUUGACCAUCCUUUUGCUAUAACAAUUGUGCUUGGGAUUUAGCUCUGGCAAGGAAUUUUGCUGUAAAUAUGACAUACCUGCAGCAUUUAAGUUGUCUCCCCUGCAAACUCUGUCAGUAUACCCUCUAUAUACUACCAGAGAGAAGGCAAUUCUAGAUUUAGUGUUGUGCAAUGAACCGGAUUUGAUCAGGGACCUCGAGAUAAAGGAACCAUUAGGAGGUAGUGACCAUAAUAUGAUAUGUUUUAACCUACAAUUUGAAAAGGAGAAGGGAAAAUUGGAUGUGUCAGUAUUACAGUUGAACAAAGGGAACUAUGGAGCUAUGAGGGAGGAGCUGGCCAAAGUUCAAUGGAACAAUACCCUCGCAGGGAAGACAGUGGAACAAAAAUGGCAGGUAUUUCUGGGAAUAAUGCAAAAGGUGCAGGAUCGGUUCAUUCCAAAGAGGAAGAAAGAUCUUAAGGGGAGUAAGGGGUGGCCAUGGCUGAUGAGGGAAGUAAAGGGCAGUAUAAAAAUAAAAGAGAAGAAGUAUAACGUAGCAAAGAUGAGUGGGAAACCGGAGGACUGGGAAGCUUUUAAAGAGCAACAGAAGAUAACAAAAAAGGCAAUACGCCAAGAAAAAAAAUGAGGUACAAAGGUAAACUAGUCAAGGAUAUAAAGGAGGAUAGUAAAAGCUGCUUUAGGUAUGUGAAUAGCAAAAAAAUAGUUAAGACCAAAAUUGGGCCAUUGAAGACAGAAACGGGUGAAUUUAUUAUGGGGAACAAGGAAAUGGCAGAUUAGUUGAACAAGUACUUUGGAUCUGUCUUCACUAGGGAAGACACAAUCAAUCUCCCAGAUGUAAUAGUGGUCAAAGGAACUAGGGUAAAGGAUGAACUGAAGGAAAUUUAUAUUAGGCAAGAAAUGGUGUUGGAUAGAUGGAGUCUGAAGGCUGAUAAGUCCCCGGGACCUGAUGGUCUGCAUCCCAGGGUACUUAAAGAGGUGGCUAUAGAAAUCGUGGAUGCAUUAGUAGUCAUUUUCUAAUGUUCUAUAGAUUCAGGAACAGUUCCUGCUGAUUGGAGGGUGGCUAAUGUUGUCCCACUUUUCAAGAAAGGAGGGAGAGAGAAAACAGGGAAAUAUAAACUGGUUAGCCUGAUGUCAGUGGUGGGAAAGAUGCUGGAGUCAAUUAUAAAAGAGGAAAUUACGACACAUUUGGAUAGCAGUAGAAGGAUCAAAUUACGACACAUUUGGAUAGCAGUAGAAGGAUCAGUCCGAGUCAGCAUGGAUUUAUGAAGGGAAAAUGCUUGACUCAUCUUCUGGAGUUUUUUGAGGAUGUAAAUAUGAAAAUGGACAAGGGAGAGCCAGUGGAUGUAGUGUACCUGGACUUCCAGAAAGCUUUUGAUAAAGUCCUACAUAGGAGAUUAAUGAGCAAAAUUAGGGCACAUGGUAUUGGGGGCAGAGUACUGACAUGGAUUGAAAAUUGGCUGGCUGACAGGAAACAAAGAGUAGUGAUUAACAGGUCCCUUUCAGAAUGGCAGGCUGUGACCAGUGGGGUACCGCAAGGUUCAGUGCUGGGACCGCAGCUGUUUACAAUAUACAUUAAUGAUUCAGAUGAAGGGAUUAAAAGUAACAUCAGCAAAUUUGCUGAUGACACAAAGCUGGGUGGCAGUGUGAAAUGUCAGGAGAAUGUUAUGAGAAUGCAGGGUGACUUGGACAGGUUGGGUGAGUGGGCAAAUGUAUGGCAGAUGCAGUUUAAUGUGGAUAAAUGUGAGGUUAUCCACUUUGGUGGCAAGAACAGGAAGGCAGAUUACUAUCUAAAUGGAGUCAAGUUAGGAAAAGGGGAAGUACAAUGAGAUCUAGGUGUUCUUGUACAUCAGUCAAUGAAAGCAAGCUUGCAGGUAUAGCAGGCAAUGAAGAAAGCUAAUGGCAUGCUGACUUUUAUAACAAGAAGAAUUGAGUAUAGGAGUAAAGAGGUCCUUCUGCAGCUGUACAGGGCCCUGGUGAGACCGCACCUGGAGUAUUGUGUGCAGUUUUGGUCUCCAAAUUUGAGGAAGGACGUUCUUGCUAUUGAGGGAGUGCAGCGUAGGUUCUCAAGGUUAAUUCCCGGAAUGGCAGGACUGUCACAUGUUGAAAGAUUGGAGCGACUGGGCUUGUAUACACUAGAAUUUAGAAGGAUGAGAGGGGAUCUGAUUGAAACAUAUAAGAUUGGACACGCUGGAGUCAGGAAGCAUGCUCCCGCUGAUGGGUGAGUCCAGAACUAAAGGCCACAGUUUAAGAAUAAGGGGUAGCCCAUUUAGAACAGAGAUGCGGAAAAACUUUUUCACCCAGAGAGUGGUGGAUAUGUGGAAUGCUCUGCCCCAGAAGGCAGUGGAGGCCAAGUCUCUGGUUCCAUUCAAGAGAGAGUUAGAUAGAGCUCUUAUAGAUAGCGGGGUCAAGGGAUAUGGGGAGAGGGCAGGAACUGGGUACCGAUUGUGUAUGAUCAGCCAUGAUCACAGUGAAUGGUGGUGCUGGCUAGAAGGGCCAAUUGGCCUACUCCUGCACCUACUGUCUAUUGUCUAUAUCUGUCUUCAUGUACUUAUCUAGGUUCCCUUGAAUACUUUUCUGAUGUUUAAAUCAACUACUCCUUAUAAAAAGGUAUUAUAAAUUUUAACCAUUGCUUAAGUAAAGCUGUUAGACUUGAAUUUUUAUCAUACUCCUAAUAAUGGCUUCUCCAAGACGGAACUGCUUUCUCUGCAUGUGCCGCAUGAGAUCCAUCCACAAUCUCAAACACUCCAUGAGGUCAUUGUUCAGCCUUUUCUAUCUUGGAGAAAAGUACUUCAAUUUGGUGUUUUUCCCUGAUUGAUAUUACUUCUCUAUCUGGCAUUGGCUUGUAAAUGAAUAUUAAAUCUAUUUAAUCCAAUCUGCUGUAGCAUUGAUACGAAGGCAGUGGAAUGCACAAUCAGUUAUGAAAAGAAUCUGUGAUGAAAUAAUGCUUUGUACCGAGUGCUGCAUGAAAAUGACACUAGCUUUGCAAAUUGCAUUUGAACAUUGAUGCUGUAUUGUGCAAUGCUAUAUAUAACCUGGAAUCUGUUUGAGUGUGCACUCAUUGCUGCAGGUUUCCCAGAGAGACACUCCAAACUAGGAGAACAUGCUCUGGGUUUCAUUUUGGAACAUGAUGUUGGGAACUGAAAUUAAAUUAGACACAAUACAGAAUAACGACAGCUCACGUUAUGAAAAGGUAAUACAAUGCAACAUUGUGCAAUAAAAGAAGUUAUUGUCAAAGGGUUAUCUAUGUUAUAUUUAGUACCAUAGAAGACAUUUGCAUUAAAUGAACACACUAUCUGUGCUAUCACAUAUACCAACGUAAUCCAUGCUUAAAAAGAAUAUUCCUCUUUUUUGACUCUAUUUAUGACAACUUUAGGUUGAAAAUAACUUUCAACUAUCUCUCCAGACAGUAA